GAUUACUUGGUCGACUUUCUUCUGCCGCUGAUGAUUUCUCAAGGGCUAAAAGACCGACAGAUAGACAAGACAUUGAGCUUAACGGGUGCAUUUGUUUAUCAAGUAUAGAAAUCUAACGAAACCACAACAUAAGUCCCUGGUGACUUUAUGACGUCACAAGCGCCUAAGACUUUACAUUGUGACUCAAGUCAGUUGAGACGAUCCUUUUACUUUCCUUCCCGUGGUGCCGUGCGCGCCGUGCCCUAACAUCCGGGUCCCCGACUUGCCCUGCACCCAAGAUGGAGGCGGCGCUGCCACAAACCUUCACACAUCCCUCCAGCCGCUAGUUUCUCCGUCCCUACAGCGCUGUAAGAACGGCAAAUUCCGUUAUAAACAGCCGAGAGCCGAGGGGAUACUCGUAGGGAGCUCGUGUAAAAGUCUGCGGCACAGUAAUAGUGGAGGUUUUGUUUUGAACGUCCGAGAAAGUUGUUGAUUUUCGUGUGCGGAUCACAACGUUCAGUAAUUUUGGAAGUAGUAAGCAAGCAUCCAGCGACUGACUAUUCCACCGCUGUAAGACCGAGGAAACAACAAUCAUGGCCACACCAGGGAGAAAGAGGAGCACGACACGGAUGUACUCGGCUGAAGACCAGGCCCUGAACAACAUCGCUCGUGAGGCAGAGCAGCGGUUGGCGGCGAAACGAGCAGCACGUGCCGAGGCGAGAGCGCUACGCAUGCAGGAACUGGAGAGACAACAAAGAGAGAAAUCUUUCUUUGACCGUGGUCCUGUGACUGGAAAUGAGAUCUUUACUAGAAGACCCACUUCUUCCGCUGCCUCUUCUACAUGGGAUUUUGUGAGCAGACCUCACUCCAGCAAAUACAGCUCAGCGGGGUCAGAUGUUUACUCCAUGCGAAGCGGGAGAUCAUCUGCGCUAUCCUCUCGACACAGUGUAUCGGCAGCCUCUGAUUAUGUCUACAACUCUACCCCAAGGAGGCAGAGCUCAGCUAGCCUGUAUGAAGGUAGCAGUAGCAGGGGAGGUAGAUACCGGGACUCUGCAUAUUCCUCUGCCAGAGAUAAUGAUGAUUGGGAUGUGCGCUCUGAGGUGUCAUGGCGAGGGGGACAGGGGUACCUUAAGGUGUACAAGGAACCGGCACCCAGAACAACCAGUGCCGCAUCUGAUAUCUUUUCAUGGAAGGGAGCCCGGAACAGGCCCUGGGAUGCAUACUCCUCUGCCUCACAGAUCCCCCCAGUGCAGCGCUGGGGCAGCGCGGAAGAUCUGUCGUCCCGUCGGAGUGACCGCAGUAGUUCGGACUCGUCUCGGAGAAGCAGUUAUGGUUCCCUGUCUGGCUCUGAGAUUUACAUAGGAGCCAUCAGUGAAGAUGCAGAAGGAGAUGAGAUUGGCACAAAUGACAAAGCAAGGAGAGGAGCAGGGGGUUCAGUAUUAUCGUUCGCUAGUUUGUCGGCGCUCGGCGGAUCUUCGUCCAGAAGAGGCAGCGAUGAUGAUGCUGGGUCUUCCUCCUCCGAAGCCUCCAUUCGGGAACUCAAGGCCUUACAAGAUGCACUAUUCGAUGUAGAGCAGAAAUACAUGACAGACUUGAAAGUGUUGAAGGAUGCAUUAAGUGAAUCAGAAGAAAAGUACAAGAAAGCGAUGGUGUCCAACGCGCAGCUAGACAAUGAGAAAACCACACUACAGUACCAGGUGGACAUCCUUAAGGACAAGUUAGAAAUCCAGGAAGAAUCUAUGAACGAACUACAGAGGGAGUACAAAGAGAAAUGCAGGGAGUUAGAAAGACAAAAGCAUGCCUAUGGCAUCUUAGAACACAAUGUUGCAGAGCUGAAGGAAGCACUAAGGCAACGUGACGAGCUUAUAGAGGAACAUGGACUGAGGCCACUCCUGGAACAAGGUUUGGUUCUAGUCGGGACGGCCAAUGGAGAGGCGGAAACGGGGGAGAAGAAGACGAAGGUUGCCUUGGUAACGCCGGAGGCUGCACAGAUGUUGGAACAGGCAGGCGAGGGAACAUUAGACGUAAAAACACUGCAGGCAAAGAAGCAAGGCUCCGACCAACCGCAGCCCAACACUGAAUACGCCAUGGCAAUGUUCUACGAUGAAAGACUUAAGAGAAUGGCAGAAGAAAAAGAAGACCUUGUAGAUCAAAUUAGAAGAUUGAAACUAGAGUUAGAGGAAGAAAAAGAGCGGACGAAGGCCUUACAGAGCAAAGCCAACAGGACAGCCGAGGCCAACGGACCCGACAUGGAACUGUUGGACAUUCAGACAGAGACUGAUGAAAGUGGCAAGGAGAGAGGGUUCAAAUCAGGAGAAGCAAGUAAACAGGUCAACAACUACAAGUUUAGGUUACAGAAAGCAGAGCAGGACCUUGCAGCUAUGGAGGGGAAUAUCCAAAGACUUGAAGGCCAGGUGAACAGGUACAGGGUAGCUGCUGAGGGAGCCGAGAAGAAGGAAGAUGAACUCAAGACAGAGAAAAGAAAAUUAGAGCGAGAGCUGAGAAAGUCUCAGGAUACGGUAGAGGAGCUCCAAGAAAGCAACUCCAGUCUAGAGCGUAGGAUAGAAAAGAUUAAGUCUUUCUAUCAGCACAGAGGCCACAAUGUUGCGAUCGGCGAGCGACCGGGCGGAGGAGCUGGCCAUGAUGAAUAGCCAUCUGGAGAAACGACUAGACAAACUACGGCGGAACAGAGAGCAGUUUCAGAACAUGAAGUAACGCCACCUAGCAGCACAGCAUCAAACUGCAGGGAAUGUCCAUUAUAUCUCUAGGGGUGACAUAGCCCUAAAAAAUCUGGGAGCCUUACCCCAUAUCAUGUCUCAUCUAUGUUAUGCUAUAAUCAUCCCAUCUUCCAAUUAGUGAUUGAAAAGUGCCACCAUUUUCAUUCAUUUGUAAGCACUAUGCAGCUUUCAAUUACUUUCUCUAUCCCCCCCAUCUAGUUAUUAAUGGACAUUCCCUGUAACAUAUGAUGACGUAUUACAUCUAAAUGGCCAGAGCUAUAUUUGAAACAUGUCUUGCAGUAGAUAACGCAGCACAGGAACUUAGGAGGAUAUUUUCGGAGCAAGUCUUGGUACUGUAGGUAGUGUGCACCUAUUUCCCUACACUGUCAGCACACUGCCUCAUGCAUGGGCACUCAAGCUGUUGUACCAACUCAAAACGUUACAAAUCAACAUGGGAGGGACCCCAGAUAUCUAUCAUAGACUAAGUUGUAAUAGAGUUUAAGACAUACUGGAGAUAGAGACACACUUGUAUUUAGGAUUACAUGAGCUGUGGGGAGGGUUAUGCAAAGGCUAGCACUUCGACAAUGUGGACAAGGUAUCGACAUUGUACACUGCAUAGAACACCGUAUUUAUAGGUGCAGGCACCUUUUCUUGCUGCUGAGGACACACACAGGCACAUGGCUGGGGCCUUCAUAAUUGUACUUCAGACAUGCUACUUGCACACUUAUUGGUGAUGUGCUACAUGCAUGUUACAUACAUGCUACAUA